UGCUGCUCGUCUGCAGACCUAGGACCCGCCCACAACCAUGAGGAGAACGGCACCGCUCCUUCUUCUGCUGGCGAUAUGCUGCACGCCAGUCUUGUGCACGGGCAAGAAAAAGCUUCUGGAGACACUCAGCUUCGAUAUAAAGCCGUCGGGACAGAUUACGCACCAGAAAAUCAAGCUAGAGAAUGGGGUAACUUGCGUGUUUACCUACGCCGCAGUCGGUGGUACGAACGAGGAAUGGAGCAUGAGCAUGAAAAAGACUGGGAAAACUGAUUACAAGUGUAAAGUAGAAAGGCCAGAGCAAGCAUCCUACCUGUACUUCAUGAGCUUUGCAAUCUCAGUGUUGGAGCACCACGUGGAGAAAGUUGAAGUCUUUGACAACUCCGGUGCUCUCUUGCAAGAUGAAGACUAUGAAAUAACCAAAGACGGACAAUCAGUUCGCCACAAGGAGGGAGGAUUCCAGUCCAACUUAUCGAGAGUAUCGCUGGAGGCAAAGAAGACGGCUUCAAGUGAACUAUGAGUACUACAAUGUCUGUCCUGCAUUAGUUUAUUAGUCAUCUUUACUUUCUGUUAAAUGAAUCCUAUAUAUGUCCAGUAUAUACAUUUUUCUCGUCCCACGCUCCACUUUAGUAUAAUUAUACACCAAAAAAUACUAUUAUGAAAUUAAAACAACCCUAGGGAAUGAUUCAUUGUAUGCUGUACACGUUAUUCAUUCAGAGUGGAGCGUGAUAUAAUCGACAGUAGACUAUAUAUUAUCAGUGUUGUUUCUUAGCCAUCAUGUUCUCAUACUUGCUGUAGGAGCGAUACCAGAGCAUAAAUGGCAGUAGAAUUGUAGGGGCACUCAUAGUAAAGAACGCCAACCACUCCAUCUGCACAGUCACAGGAAAAUUAAGAUGUGACUACAGUAUAGCGCACGCAUAUGAAAAAAACAACUUUGGGGACAGUAGAUUCAUUGCUUUGCUGCUCACAAACAUUUUUGCUGCGAAAAAAUUGAAGCUGCCAAACUUGCAUAACAGCCAAUAAAGUAUCAUGCAGUAGGGUAGACUGCAGUUUGUGUGCUGGUCGCCUCAGUGAGAGAGAUAAAAUAUCCACACAGUCUUAGGAUUCAGACAGGGAUAACUUUAUAGCAUCAUCGGCCACUCACACACGUGCACACAAGAAGUAUAGCUGGUUUUUAAGGUGUCAGAAAAGAUUGCAAACAAGUCCGUGCUCAACAU